AAGGAAGAAUUUUGGCCAGUUUAGUGCAGCAACGAAAAUGGCGAAUCGCUCUAAAGCUUCUGAGCAGCUCAGUGAUUUCUCCAGGGCCAAAAGGUCUCCAGAUGUUCUCACUACUGGAACUGGGUGUCCAAUUGACACAAAGACAUCUACCAUGACAGUUGGACCCAGGGGACCCAUUCUGUUACAGGAUGUACAGUUUCUGGAUGAGAUGAGCCACUUUGACAGAGAAAGGAUCCCAGAGAGAGUGGUACAUGCCAAGGGAGGUGGUGCAUUUGGAUAUUUUGAGGUCACUCAUGACAUUACCAAAUACUGCAAGGCUGCAAUCUUCAACAGAAUUGGAAAGAGGACACCUUGUGUUACCCGAUUUUCAACAGUAGGUGGAGAGUCUGGCAGUGCUGACACAGCUCGUGACCCUCGUGGCUUUGCCAUGAAGUUUUACACUGAGGAGGGAAACUGGGAUCUUGUUGGAAACAAUACUCCAAUCUUUUUUAUCAGAGAUCCAAUCCUGUUUCCCAGUUUUAUUCAUACCCAAAAAAGGAACCCCACCACUCACCUAAAGGACCCUGACAUGUUCUGGGAUUUCAUCACCCUGCGUCCUGAGACUACCCAUCAGGUGUGUUUCCUGUUCAGUGAUCGUGGCAUUCCUGAUGGCUACCAGCACAUGAAUGGCUAUGGAAGUCAUACUUUCAAAAUGGUUAAUGAGAAGGAGGAAGCUGUUUACUGCAAGUUCCAUGUCAAGACUGAUCAGGGGAUAAAGUGUGUGCCUGCAGACAAAGCAGAGCAGUUAGCAGGUUCUGACCCAGACUACAACAACAGACUUCUUUUUAAUGCCAUUGCUGGUGGAGACCCACCAUCAUGGACCAUGUAUAUUCAAGUUAUGACCUUUGAGGAAGCUGAAAAGUUCCGCUGGAAUCCAUUUGAUCUUACUAAGAUCUGGCCACAUUCUGAGUUCCCUCUCAUCCCAGUUGGCAAAAUGGUGCUGAAUCGUAAUGCAAAAAACUACUUUUCAGAGAUAGAGCAGAGUGCUUUUAAUCCAGCCAGUAUGGUUCCUGGUAUUGAGCCUUCCCCUGAUAAGAUGCUUCAGGGCCGCUUGUUCUCCUAUCAUGACACUCACCUGCAUCGUUUGGGAACUAACUACUUACAGCUUCCAGUGAACUGUCCAUACAGGACUAGGGUUACAAAUUACCAGAGGGAUGGACCACAGACCUUUGAUAACCAAGAGGGUGCUCCAAACUAUUUUCCAAACAGCUUCACAGGGCCUUUGGAUGACUUGAGGCAUUCACCACACACAGUCAAGAUCACUGGUGAUGUGGCCCGAUACAACUCUGCAGACGAUGAUAACUUUUCACAGGUCACAGAUUUCUGGAACAAAGUUUUGAAUGAAGCAGAGAGAACUAGGCUGGUGAAUAAUAUUGCUGGUCACCUGAAAGAUGCUAAACAAUUUCUUCAGAAACGAGCUGUGAGUAAUUUCACGCAAGUUUCUCCUGAGUUUGGUCGUCGACUGACUGAAGCAUUAGCCGAGUAUCACAUGCCCAAGGGAGCCACAGCUCAGGCCAGCCUUUGAAACCAAAGUUGAAAGAAGACUGGAAUGACAUACAAGACGGGAUUACCGAAUCAUGAGAUAAUGUCCAACACUUAUCAAUAAUAAGAGAAUCAGCUUGGGACAAAGGAACAUUUGAAACUGUACUGAUGAUUCUUAACUUUACCGAAGUGACAUCUGUAAAUUAGUUUUACAGUAAGGCAGAAUCUUAAACUGGUAACAAAGGUAAUAGUGUAUGAUGAAAUCCCAAAAGGCUGAGGAAUCUCCUCGCUCAAUAUCUGUGUGCUGAAAACCAAAUUAACAAGAUUAUGAGAAUCGUGUGGAAGCCUUUUUCAUGCUGCCAAGCCUAUGAUUAUAAUUUGAGCGUGAUUAUGUCCCUUCAGCGAAUUCCAUUUGUGCUACUUAAUAUAAACUUGGAGUAUUGUUUAUUAGUCAUACGUCUGUUAAACCAAUUGUUUUUUUAAUGGGAAAUGGUUAUUGUAAUGGAAAUUUUUUCAAAAGUUGAGUCAAUAAACCUGGAUUUGUCAACAAG